GUGAUUGUAAUAGCAUAGUUAAGGUGUUUAAAGUAGGUGAUUUAGAUUGCAAUGAAACUCGAAAAGAAUUAGUCAAUAGUGUAGUUGAAGCAGAUGAUUUCGAUUGCAAUGAAAAUGAUAAUCAGCUAGAUGAAAUAAAUGGGUUUUCAUUUAAUAAUAGCAAAGAUAUUGAACCAGAAAUAGAAAACAAUAUAAUAGAUGAGAUAACAAAUAGUUUGGAAUUUAGUUAUAGUGAAGAAAUAAAUAAUGAAGAUAAUGAAAUGAACUAUGAAAUAAAUAAAAAUAUUAAAGUAAAUGAAAUAGAAGAAACAAACAGGCUAAAAAUUAGUUAUAGUAAAGAAAUAAACAAUGAAACUAAUGAAAUAGAUGAAAUAAAUGAAGCAAAUAAUGAUGAUAUUGAGAUAAAUGAAAUAAAUAAUGAAGAUGCCAUAGAUGAGAUAGGUGAACCAGAAGUACAUAAAGCAGCUAGUGAAGAUUAUAUUAGAGCAACAAGCAAUUAUUAUAAUGAACCAUCAUUUAGUAAUAUAUUAAUUAGUGUAAAUGAAAGUGAAGAGUUUAGAACUGAUAAUGGAACUUGUUUUUGCAAGGUUUGCUAA